CGUAGAAAAAAAAAAACGAUUACAAAAUAUUACCGCUGCUACGGGCGGUAAAAAAGUAUAGCCAAAAAGGAGAUUGCUUUUUUCGGCUAGUAAACAAAGCAGUUUUUGUAACUCGUGGUCGCACCAUGAAUUCAUUACAGCAAAAGUUUCUGUACUAUAGCAGACGAAAAUCUUUUCGAUACGGUGUCCCAUUUUUGCUGUUGAUUGUUGGCGGUUCGUUCGGUUUGCAACAAUUUGCACAGCUUAGGUACACAUUCUCCAAGAAAGGUUCCUUAACGAGACAGGAAGCGGAAAAGUUUGGCAUUAACAUGAAGAAAACCGACGAAGUCACCCUCGAAGGCGAGUACGAAAAGAUCAAGAAGCUAGAUAUUGAGCAUUGGGAUAACGUACGAGGGCCACGACCGUGGGAAGAAACAACCCCAGCCAGUGGGAAACACUAAUGGAUAGAACGAAAGCGAAGCAGUCAUCGUACGCAUCUUUGCUAUAGUUGUGUUAGACAGUUAAUGUUGUUUCCAUAAAAAAUACGUUUUAUUUCCCACAGUUUAUUCAGCGCUUUCUGUUUUUUUGUCCAAUAAAAUAUUUGGCAUUAUUA